GGCGGCGAGCGGGGCGGCGGGCAGCGCCAUGCGGGCUGCCGCCUGCCUCCUCUCCCUGGCGCUCUGCGCCCUGCCGGCUGCCCCAGGCGGCUCCGGGCCAGCGACAGCGGGGCGGCGGGGCGAGAGCCGCUUCGCGGAGCGGGAGAGCAUCAGGCCCCUGCGGCUGGUCUCCGGCGAGGGCGGCGGCGGGGCGCGGUGGCCGGCACUGAGCACACGGGUGCGGAGCGAGGCGGCGCGGACACAGUCUACCCACAUUGCUCGAGCCAGCUUCCAGGUUGAUGCUUUUGGAUCAUCUUUCAUCCUAGAUGUGACACUAAACCAUGACCUGCUGUCUUCUGAGUAUCUUGAGAGGCAUAUCGAGCAAGGUGGGAAGACAGUGGAAGUUAAAGGAGGAGAACAUUGCUAUUAUCAGGGAAAAAUUCGAGGAAAUCCUGUAUCAUUUGUUGCCUUGUCAACAUGCCAUGGAUUACAUGGGAUGUUCUAUGAUGGAAAUCAUACUUACCUUAUUGAGCCAGAUGAGAACUACACUUCAGAUGAUGACUUCCAUUUCCACUCUGUUUACAAAUCCAAGUUGUUUGAGUUUCCUUCUGAUGACCUACCAUCUGAGUUCUGGCAGAUGAAUGCUACAUCACAGAAUUUUGUUGUAAGGCCAAGACACAAAAGAAGGAAAAGGCAGGUUCGUCAGAUUCCACGUAAAGUUGAAGAAGAAACAAAAUACAUUGAGUUAAUGAUUGUAAAUGAUCAUCUAAUGUGUAAAAAGCACCGCUUGUCAGUCGGCCAUACUAACAGCUAUGCUAAAUCAGUUGUGAACAUGGCAGAUUUAAUAUAUAAAGAACAACUUAACACCAGGAUAGUAUUGGUUGCCAUGGAAACCUGGGCUACUGAUAACAAGUUCACCAUAUCUGAAAAUCCCUUGGUGACCCUGCGUGAGUUUAUGAAAUAUAGGAGGGAUUUUAUCAGAGAGAAAAGUGACGCAGUUCACCUUUUUUCGGGGAGUCGAUUUCAGAGCAGUCGAAGUGGAAUAGCCCACACGGGUGGAAUCUGCUCCUUGCUUAAAGGCGGAGGUGUGAAUGAGUUUGGAAAGCCAGACUUGAUGGCAGUUACCCUGGCACAGACCUUGGCCCAAAACAUUGGCAUUUUCUCAGACAGAAGAAAAAUUAUAAGUGGUGAGUGUAAGUGUGAGGACAUGUGGUCUGGAUGCAUAAUGGGAGAUAUGGGGUACUAUCUUCCAAGCAAGUUCUCUGAGUGUGAUAUUGAAGAGUAUCAUGAAUUUUUAAACAAUGGAGGUGGUGCCUGCCUUUUCAAUAAACCAACCAAACUUCUGGAUCCUCCAGAAUGUGGCAAUGGAUUUGUGGAAGAUGGAGAAGAAUGUGACUGUGGGACAAUAGCGGAGUGUGCCAGUGAAGGAGGAGAGUGCUGCAACACUUGCACCCUGACAGCGGGCUCCCAGUGCAGCAACGGGCUUUGCUGUCGGAAGUGCCGGUUUGAACCUAAAGGAGUUUUGUGUCGAGAAGCGGUGAAUGAUUGUGAUAUUGCAGAGAACUGCACAGGAAAUUCUAGUCAGUGUUCUCCUAAUAUUCAUAAAAUGGAUGGAUAUUCAUGUGAUAACAAACAGGGUAUUUGUUUUGGAGGAAGAUGUAAAACCAGGGACCGGCAAUGUAAAUAUAUCUGGGGUGAAAAAGUGACAGCUGCUGACAGGUACUGCUAUGAGAAGCUGAAUAUUGAAGGAACUGAGAAAGGAAACUGUGGAAGAGACAAAGAGUCUUGGAUACAGUGCAAUAAACAAGAUGUGCUUUGUGGAUACCUUCUGUGCUCCAAUAUAUCCAGUGUGCCCAGACUUGGAGAACUUGAUGGUGAAAUCACAACAUCCAUCUUGCACUUUGGAAGAGUCUACAAUUGCAGUGGUGGCCAUGUGAAGCUUGAUGAGGAGACGGACCUGGGAUACGUAGAGAACGGGACACCGUGUGGGCCCAACAUGGUGUGCCUGGACCAUCGCUGCCUCCCCACUGAGGCCUUCAACUUCAGCACCUGCCCAGGCACUACAGACAGCCAGAUUUGCUCAGGACAUGGUGUUUGUAGCAAUGAAAUAAAGUGCGUCUGUGACCGAUUCUGGGGAGGAGACGACUGCAGUUCUCGCAUCAAAGAUGAUCUCUUUUUUGAUAAAGAUGCCAUCAAUAAAGGUGUGGUUAGCACAAAUAUAAUAAUAGGGGCUAUUGCUGGCACCAUUUUAGUGUUGGCUCUCGUUUUAGGAAUAACUGGUUGGGGUUACAAAAACUACAGAAGACAGAGACAAAUACCCCAGGGAGAUUAUGUAAAAAAGCCGGGAGAGGCCGACUCUUUUUAUAGCGACAUGCCUCCUGGAGUCAGCACAAACUCUGCAUCUAGUUCUAAGAAGAGGUCAAAUGGAUUAUCUCAUUCCUGGAGUGAAAGGAUCCCAGACACAAAACAUAUUUCAGACAUUUGUGAAAAUGGGAGGCCUAGGAGUAAUUCUUGGCAAGGUAAUAUAGGAGGAAACAGAAAGAAAGUCAGAGGCAAAAGAUUUAGGCCACGGUCUAAUUCAACUGACCGGGUAACCCAUGCAUCUGAGCCUGGGCUUUCUCUCGCCCACCAAACCCCUGCCCAAGGCAUAAGCUCAGGGGGUUCUGACCCCCCCCAAACAGGGAGUCUGGAUCACAGGUAUUUAAACCCAUGGUUCAAAAGAGAAUAUAAUGUAGCUAAGUGGGUAGAAGAUGUGAAUAAAAACACUGAAGGACCAUACUUUAGGACACUGUCUCCUGCAAAGUCUCCAUCUUCAUCCACUGGAUCUAUUGCUUCCAGCAGAAAAUAUCCUUACCCGAUGCCACCACUUCCUGAUGAAGAGAAAAAAGCCAACAGGCAAAGUGCCAGGCUAUGGGAGACGUCCAUCUAGCUGCACUGUUUUCCUGGGGUCACAUCAGAACUGUUUACUUUGGAUUUUAUAGAAACUCAGCAUCACUGAGUCAUUGCACAUUCAUCUGCUCUUCAGACAAUUUGAAAGAUCAACAGAGAUGCCCGUGAUCGCAGUGAGAACUUCCUCUCAUCUGGAAGGGAAAAAAGCAGUCUUUUUUUUUUCUUUUUUGUUGACUAGUAUUUUACGGAUUUGAUGAACAACCAAAAUCAUAACAAUUAAUAGAGGAUAAUUAGCCCGGAUGUGACAAGGCUAUGCCGCAUGAUGACAGAUACACUUACCUAGAAUCCCAACUGCAGUCCAUUUGCCAGUCCUGAAUAAGAGAGGUGUUUCUCUGGUUUGUUGCAGUCCCGAGUCAGACCAAAAUGGAACUGGGAAUGUGCCUCCCGGAGAGCCCAGACGAUGUAAACUUGUACGCUGUAUGCAUGAACCUUGUGUUCUUUACUUUCCACAUGUAAGGGAUAAACAACAUGCUGUAGUAGAGAUUAGCAUGCAGGAGUAAGACAUGUAGGAUUUUUUUUUGUGACAGGAUUUCAAACUUUGAAAGGCAACUAUUUGACACAAAUGUCAAACAAACAAGGAUCAUAUCUUUUUUUUUUUAACCUUACAUGUUUAUAAUCUCAAUAUACAGAUUGUAUAUAUGUAAACAUUUGAUAAUGUCAAAAAUAGCUGUUAUACGUAAGUGUAUUUUGCCAAAUGCCUAAAGAAACAGUCAUGACUAACAUCAUCACACUUCAGAUUUUCUAAUAUUACGAGCAGACAUCUUUGGAAAUACUGAAAGUACAGUACUGUAAAACUGUGUCUGUCAGAAACUGGUGUUUGACCAAAAUCUGUACUAUUUUUAACCAUCUUAUACUGUCUUGACAAUCUCAGUUGUACAGUAGACUGCAGAAACCGGUACAGCAGCACUUUGUCUUAAAUUAUCGUAAGAGGAACCAGCCAAAAUCCAUUGUUCAGUGAGAUGAGCACUGUAUCCUCUCACAGGUGUAAUCAAGAGUGAUUCAGCAGACAACAUAGUCUUUAAGUCAUGUGCAGCCCAAACUUACUGGACAUUUGGGAAUACUUUUAAGUAGUCAGUUCAGGAUGUGGUGAUGUGAAGUCUGUCUGGUGAGAGUUGCUGUGUAUUUUUGAUAGACCAUUUCAGACACUGUUUUAGAUGGCAAGGCAUAGCUUAUGAGAAGUAUAAGGAUUUCACUGCACUAGAUAAUAACAGUGCUGGGCAAGUGGCCAGUUUCAUUGCUGUCUUUUAAUUUUUUUUCUUACUGGAAUCACCUUUACCAUGCGCUUGAAUGCUGUGCUUGCUACCCCUGAAGACCCCUUGACAUUUUUUGGGGCAUUAAAUUGAGUACAAGUGAGUUUAGCCUAAAAAGAACAGGGUGGAGGGCAACAAAGCCUUUACCAUGGAGAUGUUAAUCUCCUGAGUCAGUGGAUGGUUAUAUUUCUAACACCUGAGACUUCUAAAGGUUGUUGUAAAACAAAUAUCUUCCGUUUGGGAAUUUUCAGUUAGUAAAGGAACUAGACCAUAUUAAAUCAAUGUAUAAUUCUCUGGCUUUCCAAAAUUGACCGAUUCUUAGCUUCGGGUAGCACCAUUGCAGAAUAAAACACCUGACUGUGGUGCAGUUGAAUACCUUGCCCAACAGCAGUAUGAUCAAUUAGAUAUUAUUGUAAUGGGAACAUCUGUGGUGUUUCUGAAUCUUCUACCUCUUUCAUGUAUUUCCUUUAAUAAGUGACCCCAACACUUGCAACCUUUUAAUAUAUUUUUUUAACUUUUACGUCUCUCAAUAAAGUUAGAUAUAUUAAGAUUAAACUAAGAAAUGUUUAAAGAUGUCAGCAAGUGUAAAGUAUGUAAGAUUUUUAGAAGCACUAUAUUUUAUGAUUAGGCUGUAUGUUGGAUUAUGGCAAAAUAUUGGCUUUGGUGUUCAAAUGAUUUUCCUUCACAGCUGACAGGUUCUGGUAAGUAUUUUGGAAAAAGACAAAUCUAAGUGAGUGCCAUUGGGUGCAGACAGACCAUCUGGAAGGAGCCAGUCACUUGUAAUUGCUUUAGGAAAAGGUUCUGCACUUUUAUGAAAGGUAAAUAUCCAUCAGCACUGAAGAAUAUUUUUGCAAAGAUUUACUUUGAGUGUAGAUAACUGGAUUAAAGAUAGUUGGUUGCAUGUAACUCAUGAAAUUAGGGUCUCAGCCAUAGUAACUUGAAAUCAGUAUGUCUUUUAUUGAUUUCACUGGACUUUAAGCAGGACUUUCAAGAAGUUCACCCACAUUAGGACAUUAUGCUAACCCUAUAGCCACUGUGUUACUCUGUUCCCUGGAAGCUAGUUUUCCCUCCCAUAUUCAUAUCUUGUCUUCAGUAACUGGACUGUUCAUCAUGUGCCUUUUAUGGUAUUUGUUUGGAUACAAACUGGUGUGUUAUUUUGAAUAAUUCUGUUAGAUUUCUGUGCUUAUCUUAUGUUUACCACUGUUUACUCUUCCCUUUCCAUUUUGCCUUACCAAGGAGCAGCAAGGUUUGGCAGACAGAGCUGGAUAUAACAUACUGGCUCUUUGUGCAAUGUUCAUAGCUCCUUGUUUUGCGAACAAAUGGCUCUCCUGACUGUAUUUUCAAUGUAGUGGGUACUUCCAGCUUCUCUUUUGUUUUGGUAUAAUUUGUUUGUAGCAUAUGAUGGUACAGUUAUGUGUGUAGUGUACCUUUAACAGUCACCUUCAAAUCUGGAAAUAUGUAGUGACUGGAAGUCUAGUUAUGAGCACUAAGUUUAAGUUAAAUAAAUAUUGACUUUCACUUUGGUCUAGAGUGAGAAUAUCACAGGACUUGGGUUUUUGUAAAAUUCUGCUGCAGAGAAUUUUCCGUCAGGUUGGUAACUUGGGAAACCUUGUCAUUGCACAAAACCUGAACUGGCAGGGCUGUGUGAGCCUCCCAAGCCACUGGAGGUUGGAGAGAGAAGUUAUUUACUUACAGUCUGUCAUUUCCUACUUCUAAAAUGUAGUGUGUUGGAAAGCUGCCAGAUUAAUAACCUUGAAGAUUGCAAAUAUUUUUAUCCACUAUAGUUAGUUACACUGGCAAUAGCAAUAUAAAAUUGCUGCAUAAUACCUCAUCCAGACUAAAGUAGAGUACUUGUCACUAAGAUAGCUCAGUGAUUUUGACUCAUUGAGACUCAUGCUUUUAUUGUUUUAAUUUUAAGAAAUGAACUAAUUAUUGCCAGCUACACUGCAGAUGCUUGUUGAAGUGGGGAUGUUAUCAGUUCUUCUCAAAUAGAAAUAAUUGUUCAUAUGAGCAUAGGACCUGCAGGAUGAGUUAUAGUUGGCUUUAUGUAUUUCAAUGUGAGAGAAGAAUCUUGCAUAAUUUAUAAUGAAAUUAGUAUGACUAACUGAUGGAGACUGGAAAAUGCAGAUCAUAUCCGAAUAAUAAUGCUGCACAAUGAUGCCACAGUCUAAUAAGUAAAAAUUUUCCUGCUAAUAUCUGUAUUUGUUGAUUCAAAAACUUCAGUAAUCUCAGGCAAUAUACCAGAAAUGGUUGUGACUGAUAAUUUAUGUAUAAUUUUGUUAUAUUUAAGUAAUUAGAUUCAAGGAGAUUAUUAAUUUUGUACAGCCUACCUUUGCUUAAGUUGUGAACUUAAGCCACUACUUGCCAGUUAUCUGAUUUGAAGUGUGACUUUACUUUGAAGAUGGCUUCUUCCAAAUGAUUUAAGAGUUCCUGGUUUAUGAGAUGUUGAAUCUGCUGAACUGAUGCGCUCAUGAAAUAAUUUUGAUUGUGCUGAUGAAUAAGUGGACUUUUGAGCUAUAUCCUGAAUUAAAAUCAGAAAGAAAUUGUGUCUAUA